GGAAAAAGCGUGAGGAGAAUUCUCAAGUCGAGAUGUUAGAAGGUGCAAAAUCAAUGGGUGCAGGAGCUGCUACAAUUGCUUCAGCGGGAGCUGCUAUCGGUAUUGGAAACGUCCUUAGUUCCUCGAUUCAUUCCGUGGCGCGAAAUCAAUCAUUGGCAAAACAAUUAUUUGGUUAUGCCAUUUUGGGCUUUGCUCUAACCGAAGCUAUUGCAUCGUUUGCCCCAAUGAUGGCCUUCGAGGAAGUAUAUAUUAUAGCAAUCGCGCUUAAAUUCCCCUGCAAAUUCCGAAGCCGGUCUCAACCAACCGGUGUGGACACUCCUCAGCCCGAGGACAAUCUCUCAAAUACACAUGUUGAUGUUGUUGAAAAUAAUGGUCAAAAUCGGAUUCAAUUGUCAACUGCCCCUAUCGGAAAUAGGAUUGACUACCGAUUCCGAAGGAACUAG